UCCUAUCAAUAGCCUCUCACAUUUCAAGGAGCUGAUAGUUCUCCAAGUCAAGACAGAUCAGCUUCUGUUAAAUUGUAACCAUAGUAAGGAAUUCAUUUCUACUCAGCUGCCAAUAAAGGAAGGACUAUCUCACAGACUAAAGUGACUUUUAUAUACUUCACAAAGACCUGAAAUGUGCUAUGGAAUUAAUUUCAGGGGAAGAUGAAUGUCUUUGCCAGAGACAAAAGUACUGCGUGGCGCGGCCUAUAUAUACCCAGGAAUAUCUACAGGACCAAUUGCACUUAAGGAAAAAAGAACCGCAGUCUGUGAUCCAUAAUAUAAAACAAUCCUGUCGAUGCACUACAAAAAAAGCUAAAUCACUACUGUACAGUUGUAUACCAAUCCUCAAAUGGCUCCCACGGUACCCAGUGAAGGAAUAUCUCUUAGGAGACUUUAUUUCAGGACUCAGCACCGGUGUAAUGCAGCUACCACAAGGUCUUGCCUAUGCUUUGCUGGCGUCCGUUCCCCCUGUCUAUGGACUGUAUUCAUCAUUUUACCCAGUUUUCCUCUACACAUUCUUUGGAACAUCAAGACACAUCUCAAUAGGUACGUUUGCAGUGAUAAGCCUUAUGAUCGGUGGGGUUGCAGUGAGAAUAGCGCCGGAUGAAAUGUUUGAUAUAGUUGGAACAAAUACCACCAACAGCACCGAUAUGUCCAAGUUUAUGGAGAGAGAUGCUAUGCGGGUGAAGGUAGCUGUGGCACUCACUUUACUGGCUGGGCUCAUUCAGCUUUGUUUAGGUAUUCUUCGCUUUGGCUUCGUUUCCAUCUACCUUACUGAGCCAUUGGUACGAGGAUUCACCACAGCUGCUGCGGUCCACGUCUUCAUAUCUCAGCUAAAAUAUCUCUUUGGGAUUAAAACGAAAAGAUUCAGCGGCCCCCUCUCAGUAAUAUAUAGUUUGGUUGCUGUGCUAUCCAAUAUAACAACAACUAAUAUUGCCUCCAUGAUUGUGGGUCUUGUCUGUAUCUUGAUGCUUUUGGGGGCAAAGGAAAUUAAUGAUCGAUUUAAGAAGAAAUUGCCAGUUCCCAUUCCUAUGGAGAUUAUAGUGGUAAUAAUUUCAACUGGAAUCUCAACUGGAUUAAACCUUUCAGGCACCUAUGGUGUAGAAAUUGUUGGACAUAUCCCUACUGGUUUUUGCCCUCCAGCUUUUCCGGACAUCAGUUUGUUCUCGAGAGUCUUUGUAGAUGCAGUGGCGAUAGCAGUUGUUGGCUUCUCCAUGACCAUUUCAAUGGCAAAGAUAUUUGCUUUUAAACAUGGCUAUGCAGUAAAUGGGAACCAGGAACUGAUUGCUUUGGGACUUUGCAACUCUAUAGGGUCUUUCUUUCAAACAUUUUCUGUGACUUGUUCCAUGUCUCGUAGUCUUGUUCAGGAGAGCACAGGAGGAAAUACACAGAUCGCAGGAUUGCUGUCUUCAUUUAUGGUGCUAUUAGUCAUAUUGGUCAUCGGAUACCUUUUUGAACAAUUACCGCAGACGGUAUUAGCGGCCAUAGUGAUGGUGAAUUUGAAAGGAAUGUUUAAGCAGUUUGCAGAUAUUCCACAUUUAUGGAGAACUAGCAGACUAGAGCUGGCCAUCUGGGUGGUCUCCUUCUUGGCUUCCGUUUCCCUAGGAUUAGACUACGGUCUGCUUGUUGCAAUUGCAUUUGCCAUUCUAACUGUAAUCUACCGCACACAAAGUCCACAGUACAGAAUCCUUGGUCAAGUACCAAACACAGACAUAUAUUGUGACAUAGAAGAAUAUGAAGAGGUAAAAGAAAACCCUGGUAUAAAAAUAUUUCAAGCCAAUACGUCUAUUUAUUUUGCCAACAGCGAGAUGUAUGUCAGCGCUUUGAGAAAAAAGACUGGAAUUGAUCCGGGUGCGAUUCUAAUUGCCAAGAAAAAGGCCCAAAAAAGACACGCCAGAGAAAUGAAGAAAGCAAAUAAAACGGAGAAAAGAGCAGUAUUAAAGCUGACCAAUGAUGUGGAGAUGGCUGCAAAACAUGAAGUAAUGAACGAUGACCCAAUUGUGGACUUGGCAGUCAAUGGAAAAAAUGGCUCUGCAGACAGAACCUUGCAGGAUUCUCCUUCUGAGGAGCUGGAACACUUCAUGAUGCCAAUCAUAAAUGUUCAUUCUAUUAUACUGGAUUUAACUCCUGUCAACUUCAUAGACUCUGUUGGAGUCAAAACACUAAAAUCUGUAAUCAAGGAGUAUAAAGAGGUCGGUGUGGAAAUCCUCCUGUCAGGCUGUAAUGGUAUUGUUAUGAAAGAUCUAACCAAGUUGAAUUUCUUUGAGAAAAACAUCAAAAGAGACAUAAUAUUUCACAGUAUCCAUGAUGCGAUAAUCCACUGCAAGUUUAAAGCGUCCUCGUUGGCACUCGCUUCUUCAGAAGAACAGAUUCUCAGCUCCGAUACGCAGAGCCAAAUUUGAAUUAUUUUUACAUAUAUGAAAAUGCAAUAUUAUUGCCGAUGUUCCUAAUACAUAAACACAUUUUCCUAAUCAGGUUGAGGGCAAAAAUGCUGUUACUUUUUCAUAAUGAAGAGGAAAAUGUAAGUGUUAUAGGAAUUUUUAAUGCUGGGCAUUUUGUUGUCUUAUUCAGAUUGCUGAAUAAGCAAAUACAUGAGAUUUUAUUUAUCAUGGCAAAACUGAUGCCAAUGUUGGUAGCAAAUAAAAAAAUUGCUGAUAGAUACAAAAAUAUUUAUAGUAUAGUUAUGAAUCCCCGGAUAUGGUAUUCUUUGCUUUAUAGUGGGUUUUUGGGAAGGGAAGAUUAAAUAAUAUGUUACAAGUUGUUAAAGACACCUACCUCCUGCACCACACCGGUGAGGGACUUCUGCUGCUUUAUACAAUAUUAGUAGAAAUAUUUACAGAUGAUUUUAGAAUGUGCCCAAAUGUUUGUAAACAUAAAGCGGAAAAUGCUUUAUGUCAAAAAUGUCAUACAUAUUGGUAUUGUAUGGAUUUUGGCAGUUACAAUAGCUGGGCUUUUAUUCACAUGAACAGAAUCAAAUUUAUUUUUAUAGUUCAGGCAGGUGGGGAAAAUAAACAGUGCAUCUGGUAACUGCAAAAUAUAUUUUAAAGGGACAUGACGUCAAAAUUAAAAUUUCAUAAUUUAGGUAGAGCGUACAAUAAAGAAAAAUCAUAGCAGUUUACUUUUGUUUUCACAUUUCCCUUAAUAUCCUUUGUUUAAAAUCUUACUUCUUUCCAUGAGGGCAUAUUAAAGUAGGAUAAUGAGCGUACACGUGACUUAUACACUAUAGGUAUAGUGUUACAAGUACUCGUGACACGUCCACACUCCUGAGCAUCAUUAUGCUGUUAUGGAAAGGAUUUAUGAAUUAAUAACAAAGAAUAAAAGGCAAAUUUGAUGAUAUAAAUAAAUGCUAUGCUCCAAUUAAAUCACAAUGGAAGUUUAAUUUUGACGUUCAUGUCCGUUUAAACUGCAGCUACAUAUAAAGCAAGUAAUCUGAUCUCUCUAAUUAGAGGUAAAGGAAGGACAGAACAUUCAAGCUGUAAAAUGUUACAAAAACAGCCUUAAUGCCGUUCUACUGUGAUCCCUUAACUUUGUUUUUGUAUUGUUUUGUUGAAAAUGAAUGACGUGUGUGACUCUUACAUUCAUGUGAUGAUGUGGGGAGUAUAACAGAUUUUUACAUUUCAUGAGCUGUUUGUACAUUAUAGUCUGUUACACCUGCCAAGGAGUAAGAUUUAGAAGCACUUUUUGUGUAUCCCUCUAUGACUAAAGCUGUGCUUGACUGUGAUUUAGUCUUGUUAUUCUUGCGAACAAGAUGAAACAUUUUUUGGUACUAAGAAAAUAUUAAAAUCUCUAUUUCUUAAAAA